GCUGCCUCACUGCAGAGCAGCAGCCCGUCUGAUGGAUCUGCUGGGGACGGUUCUGCUGCUGGUUCUGGUGGGAUCAGAGGCCCAGAACCUGAAGAACGUUACUGUAGAACCGGGUCAGGAUGUGACUUUAACCUGCUCCUUUAACAGUAGUGACAUUUUCUGGUUCAUGAAGAUCCACAGCCAGUUCAGAAUACAAAUUGGACAUAUUCGUUCUUCAUUACUCCCUGUCUACAGUUCUCUAGACUUUAAAUCAAAGUUCUCCAUGUCUGGAAACCAGCUGGUGAUUAAAACCGUCUCUGCUGAGGACAGCAGGCUGUACUACUGUGGGAUGAAGCAGAGCGAUCAGAUGGUUUACAAAGACACCUUCAGUCUAUCAGUGACCGGUUUGUUCCCAGUGUUCCCAGUAACCCGGCCCACCAGUCCGUCGGUCCGUCUGAACAUCAGCUCCUCUCCUUCCUGCUCCUGUGAAUCAGAGAGGCUGACCUUCAUCAUCUACCGCUCAGCUGCGAUCCUGGGCUUCCUGCUGUCUCUGACAGCUCUGCUCUGCUUUACUGGGCGAGGAAGAGGAGGGUCCAGGAGGACGAAGCUCCUCCAGUCCGCCCAGUGAGGAUCUGAACUGGUCCCAUCAACAUUCAGCAGCAGCAGCAGCCGUUGUUUUGUGAAGCGUGAAAACAUUUGCUAACCGCGGAGCUAGCAGCUUCUCUCCUCACGCUGCCAGACUCUGAAACUUUUCCCUCUCGGCCUGUUGGAGGUUUUAAAUGUGUGACAGAGUUUAAAUUUCACCGUCCAGUUUGUUUCUGAUGGUAAACAAUAAAAACUGGAGUGUGUUUUUACCCUAAUCUAUUUGUAUCCAUGAGUUUUUUAAAGGACAUUUAAUGGCAUUUCAUUUUGUUUAGUCAAUAUUAGUGAAGCCAAACAGAAAAUCCACAUCAUGCAUUGUUGAAGGUUUUCUCUGCAGCGCUGGCGUUUAGAAAUCAGGUCACAUUUCACCAGUUGAAGGGAUUAGAAGUCAAACUAUUAAUGUUUCCUGACCUGAAUGUCAUUUUUUACAUCGUUUUCUCUCUACUUAAAAAAGCUUCAAGUGUAGAAAUGUUCCCUGAUUUCCAAGCUUCCUCCUCAGUGGUUCUUGUAAUCCCAGUUUAUAGUUGAGCAGCAGAUCAACAUCAAAACUAAAUCCAGCUGUCGAAUCCAGUCGUUACCUGACCCGUCAGCUUGUAAACACUUUUUAUUCCAGAAGAAAACAGGAAGUAUGGUUUUGAUGAGGAAGACUCUGGACAUAAGGAGGAAGGUCCAACGAGACCAGAACAGAACUUUUCAUUCACUGAGAUGGAAACGUGUCCUAGUCAAAGCUCAAAGCACAGGCCAGUUGAGUCACAUUUAAAGUGAUCAGUUCAGCAGCAGAAACCAUCCAACCUGCUGGGUCCAAAUCCCAGAAAGAAGAUGAGAGAAAGCGAGAGGGACCGAUAUACAGCGCCCACAGGAGGCCGAACGAAGAACUGCAGGAGGCUGAAGAUCCAAACUGGAGAAGCGAAGAUCCGAGGAAUCGGUUAGUAAUCCAAGAAACGUUCUGCUUUAUAGGAAACAAUUCAUCUGAUCAAUGGAUUAAUCAUGAACUGGAGGAUCCAGACGGUUAAACUGACAUUCAGAGGAGAAACGAAGGCAGAAAUAGAAACAUUUAGGAUUUAAGAUAAAAAAACAAACCUUGUUUGUCUGUAAAUGUGUUUGAGCCAAAAUCCUCCAGUUCAGUUGUAGCUUCACCUGAUUCACAUCCUGUCAAAACUUCAUUUCAAUCACCUUCAGCAUCCAGUUAUGAAUCAGUUCAUCUCUAUAUGGAUCAGGAUCAAUACAGAUCAUCCACAGUCUGUAUUGAUGUUCAGUCCAGCAAAAGUUGUGGAGCUUUUCAGAUGUUUUAUCUGCAGAUUCAUCCUUUGCUCUACACGAUCAAACGUUCACUAAAGUAACGCUGUUCUAGUAUUUGAGGCUUUUUUUCUACUUUUUACAAAGGAAUAAAAUGAUGUGUAUUUUCAUGAUAAUGUAUGAAAUCAUCUCCAGGAGAUCAUUAGCUGCAGAAUGUUCCAGUUUUAGAACAUUUGCUGUUAAAAAAUGUAAUUUGAAGAGGCUGCAGCUGCAGCUUCUGUCCACUAGAUGGCGCAGC